AUGACGAACGCCUUUCUUCCUGCGCUAGACACCUUCACCAUACCACAGGGUAUAGAAGCCCUUGGUGGUGUAAUACAUGAGAUCGACUACAGGAGUGUUCGAGGUGUCACUUGGAAAUUACUGCCGCAGCACAUCCAGCAUGCAGUGGACAGCGAAUUUAUCGCCCAUCUGCCUGUAGUGUUUUUUGUGCUCAUAAUCGUGGAGCGUGCUGUACUGAUUGUGCAUGAAAGAGAAAAUGGUUCAAUCGCUAUUCUAGACUCUCAUUCCCAUGUUCAGGGGAAAAAAGGAGCUGUUAUCGCAAUCUCUCACAUUGCCAAUCUCCGACAGUUCUGCUCAUUUAUUUGUCAAAAUUUGUUCAGCGAAGUUUAUAAAAUGGCGCCGGAGCAAAUGCUGUUCGAAAUAUCGUGCAUUCAGUAUUGCGGCCCAGAGAAGAGUAACGAGGUCGAGACCAACACUGUCAAGGCCCACGUACGUUCUCAGCCUAGUUUUUGA